GAGCGCAGGUUCUAGAUUCAUCGCCGCAGUUUAGACUCGUAAAAGCAGCGUUAUAUGACUGUUUCAAAUUUGCAGAAAAGAAACAGAGCCUAGCUGUGUCCUGAUGUCUGAACUCUGAGAUCAUUUCAGGAUUAUUGUGAGUACACCCUUGAACUUUCUCAAACAUGAAAAACACGACAGGUUAACGCGUGUUCGUGUCUAGAGCUAACUCCUGACCACGGCCGGAAAAUAAAGAGUUUGGACUUCAGUAGCGAUAAUAACGUCCUCUUCACACGCCAGGUUCCCUUAAAAAAUUUACAAAUUUACGAUUUUCUCUUACUCUGACUAGGUUACGAAUCUUUAAACACGUUUUUGAGUCCUCGGUAAACGUUUCUUGUUUGCGGCUCAAACUAAAAACUGAAAAAUUACACUCAACACUCAUUUCAAUAGGUAAAUAUGAACACAGCUCUCUGAAAUGCUCUGUAAAUUCCGAAAAUCAUCACUGUGGUUAACGAGGUACGACUACACUGAGUGUCGAAUAGCUCUGGAUUAACAGUAAUGCCUGCUAAACACACUUCUCUAGUACAGAGAUAUGUAACACUGAAAAUACUCACAAUCUGAAAAGGAACUGGUCAGUCAGAUUUCUCUCAUCCCACGUUCUUGCACACAUUGCAAAGUAAAACCAUAGUGAAACAGUCCAGAUAUGCUUCAGAGUUCACAGCUGUGGGUUCAUAUAAGGACUGCUUUAUUUAGGACUUUUUUUUAUUCUCUUCCUUGAAACAAUUAUAAAAUCGCAACUCUUUCAGAUGUCACAAUGGAAGCGGAGCUUAUUAUUAUUCUUGCAUUCAAAUACCAAACACAGACUGUAAUGAUCCCAAUAAGUUAAAACCCAUGUUUGAUAAAAUGCUGAUUCAGAAGUCAGUGAUAAGAAGGUUAAUUCACAUCUUCACCCCCAUCCUCGGUUUAUGUGCCAUUUCUUCAGCCCUUAUAGCAUCAAUGUUAAGAGCUGGCAGUUUUUCAAGAGUUUUUUUUUUUUAUUUUUUUUUUUACAUUUAACUAAAUUGACAAUUUUAAAAGUAAAUCAAUAAGAAACAAAAUUGUUGUUGAAAUCAGCAGUCUGCUGAAAUCAGCAUUUUCUAUAAAGGGACUUUGUGGAAGUUUGAAACGAAACUGACACUAACUCUUUAUGACCUUCAGAGGCUAUUUUUAAUGCUUCCAACUGUGUGGGGGAUGUGUCAGAUACCCACAGUGAGUGACAUAUUCUACCCUUUAAAAAAAACAGGGGGGAGGGUUUUGAUUGAAAGCAAUACUCUCACAUCGUUUGACAAGAAAUAGGACAUCUAAUUUUGUCCACAAGGGUUCCAAUGAUAACAACACAAACCGAAAGUUUCUUGUAGGAGCUUUACAAGAAGAGACUAGAUUAGUGAUUUCUUCCUAAAAAUGACCAUUUGGCAGUCUUUAUUAACAUUAAAAUCUAACAUAUUCAAAAAUGAGAAAAUACACUUGUGAAUUCUGUGUAUCAUUAGCUCCUAUUAGCAAUGUGUCCCCCUGCAAAGACUGAAAAGAAACCUUUAGAAAAUGCCAGCUAAAAUGAAUAAGACUUAUUACUAUCAUUUUAAAAGAAUGUGAUUUCUACAACACCUCUUACAUUUAAACAUUGUGAAUAUUUGUAUGCUAUUAUUAUGCAAGAGACACACAUUUUAUCAGGGACCCACUAAGUUCACCAUGGACCCACUGAAAUCACUCCCUGUGGGUCCUCAGGACUCACUGCAUCCAAAGUUAUGAGCAUCACUGCAGUAACCACUGAUAUGUAGGUUUACUUGCCAUUAGACUUGAAUCCACUGAGAGGUGCUGUUACACUAUAGACAUCAGUGCUUCAGCUUCCUGAGGUCUGAGCUUCAUCCUUUGUUACUAAGGUCAGUUAGAAAAUUGAACUGGUGUCCUUUUUUGCAGUUAAAAGAGGUGUUUUCAUUAAUGACAAUUUGUUUUUUUAGGGGAACGUUCAGAAUUUUACUACAAACAGUUUUUAUUCUAGAAACAAAUGCUGCUUUUUUUCCUGAAUUUGAAAUGGAGACUCAAGGAGUCUACCUUUUUACCUGUCCUUGGUUACAGUUACGUGUUGUUUAUGGACUCCCCAUCUCACAAUCUGCCAAGCUGAAGCGCUCAUGUGGUCUCUAAGGAACUGAGUUUGUAGGUUUUUUAUAGGUAGACAGGGACUCUGUGGAUCUGGUAGAGUUUGGUUAUUCAUUUCACCACACAGAGGAGUGGAGUCUGGCUAAUGACUCAGGGCCUUAAAAGAAAAUUAAGUUAGGGUCAAUCACACCAUAACACUGAGUUGGUUGCUUGCGUUGCAAAUCACAGAGGCCACUAGGCGCACCGUGAUCUUACUUUAGAACUUACCUUAGCAUGAUUUAUGAGCUGCUCCUCUCGAUCAGUCCAUGUGUUCUGCCUUGCUUCUUCAUGCAUGUUUCCAAGAUCAUGCUGCUUUCAGGGAGACAUGCAGUGACCUGCCAACCAGAUACCCUUUGGCUGGUGCAGCGAAAUGCCACAGCGAACGCUGCAUCAUCUGCCCAGCAUCCCUUGUCUUACUUGUGUCUCACAAUUGGUUGUGUGGCACUGACUCUCUCACUGAUAUAUGGUACGGAUAUUAUUUAUGUUAACAAUCAUUGUAACCAUGAGUAAGGUGGGCACUUGAUAAGGGAGGCAGCUGAGCCACCAUGACCCUCCAGACCGUAGCUCUCUGUGCUGUAAUGGCAUUGCAGUAUUCACGGUCGAGCAACAAUGUCUGAUACAGGAGUAAGAUCGACUUUUUAAAGCUUUUAUAGCCGGAGACAUUUCAUGUAACACACGGAAUUUUUAAGUGUGCUCUUAAUCUUUGUCCCUGAUAAAAGACUCUUUCUGUGUGUGUGUGUGUGUGUGUGUGUGUGUGUGUGUGUGUGUGUGUGUGUGUGUGUGUGUGUAGGCUGCAGACAUGCUGACCUGUGAUAUCUGUGCAGAGGACUUCCUGUUGGAGGAGGACCUGAAGACUCACCUCCUGCUGAGCCAUGAGGAGAAUGCCAUGAGCUGUCCUCUCUGCCCACUCAGUGGAGUGUCUUAUGAUGAGCUCUGCUUCCAUGUUAGCUCUGCCCACCCCGAGGAACAGAGGCCGACACAGUCCAGAUCUGAGUUCCCAGAAGAGCAGAAUCUGAAUCAGUUUCGAUGUGCAUCAGGCAGCUCUGGAGGAACAAACGCAGAGGACACAGAGGACGCAGAGUCCUCAUUGUCUAGGUCCUGCAGUAUGGAAGGAGCUGUUGCAGGUGUUAACACAGACUCAGUUGAAACAGGAGGUGUGUGCCCUUCACCUGGAGGGACUGCACCUGUCUCUGUAUCACCACAGAAACCUAAAACCAGAACAGAGUUCUCCUUAUCCAGCAAAGCAAAAAAGAAGCGCCUGUCUUCACCCAGAAAAGGUAAUUCAGCUUGUUUGCUGUGAAUGUUUUUACCCUGACUGAUAUAAAAGCUAAAAAAACAGAGUGUAUGGGCAGGAGAAGACCUGGAACAACAUACUUCUGGAGGAUUCAGUAUUUAAACAUCAGUCUGUGUCCUCUGACCUGAUCCAUAGUCUGUAUUUACAGAUCAUCUGCAGCUGUCAUGCCCACUGUGUGCUCUGGUCUGCAGUAACAGCUUUAUCCUGCAGGAGCAUGUAGAGCUGCACCUGAUUGAGCAGAGAUCACCUGAAGGUAAAUCUCUGCCUCUGACAUCUACAUCUUUACAGCCAUUCACAGGAUAGUUAGAUAUUUAUGAGAAGACAGAAGUGAAUACCAAGUCUUAGGGGUUAGAGAUAGGAGGGACAUUUUUCGAUGUUAGAGGAGGAAGCAGCUUGAUAUCUUAGUCCCUCUAACUCGACUUAAACAUCUGACAUGACGGUUAUGAGUUUACUGACGGAUGAUUGUUUGUUCAGGUGCAUCACAGGAGGCCGGAUCACCAGCUGUGAAAUCAUCUUUAUCAAGUGGCAGCCCCUCAGGUGAGUCUCCCCCCUCAGAACUCUAGUCACUCAAGUCAACUGAAUCAAAACUACUUUAUGAAUCCUUCUAGAGCAGGUUUUGUCCAAAUAAACAAAGACCUGGUCAGAGAACAAUAAAUUAUCCAUUAGAGCCUCACAAUACACAAUCUCAUGACACUGCCACAGCUGAUGGGGCAUCUCUGAAUGUAACAGACCAUUUUCUUCAUUAUGUCUACAAAGAGCCACAUCAAGAUAAGAUGGGAUAGAGUCUCAUCUAGUGAGACCAGAUCCACUCUGAUCCACCAUGGGAGAAACUCUUUACAGCAUGUAUCAAAUUAGAGAGGAAGAACUUCUUUUAACAGGCAGAAACCUCGAGCAGAACCAGAAUCAUGUUAGACAGUCAUCUGCUGAGACUGAACUGGGUUUAGAGAGGGAGAUGAAGAAAGAGAGACAAACAACAACACUACCUAUAGAUGUUUGUUCAUAGUGAUAGAUAAUGGAACAAGUAUGUGAACUAUUUUGACAGGAACAGCAUGAUAAUGAUAACAGACUGAUCAGAGUUUGAUUUAUGCAACAUGCAAGUCAACAGGUCUAUAGUAAUCACACAGCAGCGACAGCAUUAAUAACACUGGAAGAUUGAAUCUCAUUGUGUUUGAGUGAACAACACUGUUUCAAUACUAAGUGUCAGAGGUCGUAUUAGAUAUGGAAGGUUAUGUGACUGAAGCUGUGAAUAUCACAGGAGAUUAGGGUUGAAAAUGUCAAUUUUUUAACUGCCAAUGCUGACUAUUACAGAGCAGUCCAGUUCGAGGCUGAUAUAUAAAACCCAGUUACCUUCUUAUCUUGCUUUGGAUAAAAUCUGACAGUUAAACAAUUUCCAUGACAGCUAUUAUUUCAUGCAUAUAACAAUCUAUUGUAUGUGGUUUUUCUGCUGCAUGUUUCAGGUGAAUUUUAAGUAACUUCCUGGAAUAGAAAAAUGUAUAAAGCAAUGCUGUAGCAUGGUUGAGAACAUAGAUGCUCAUGACAGAGGCAACAUUUAACCCAAUCAUUCUAAAUGUCAUGACAUAAAAACACAGAGUCAACAGACAGAGAGGAGUUUAAAUUAUACCGUCAAAAGUGUGAAUCCGAUCUAAAGUUUAGGUCCAAGUCUGUCCAGGGGAGUUUCCAACCAGCCUCUGUCUUAUUAUUUCAGAAGGAAGAAGGUUCGAGUGCCCCCUGUGCUCCCUGCUUUGCACUGACAGCUUCUCUCUUCAGGAACAUGUGGAGCUGCAUUUAGACCAUGGAGCAGCAGCACUCUCUUCAGGUGAUUAUAUAUGCAUAUCUGUGUCAUGCAUCACUCACCCUGACAUACCUGUGGAACUCCUCCCUGUUACCUGUGCUGCUGCAGGAGGCCCUGGCUCUGACCUGGAGCUGGCCCAACGGCUGCAGGAAGAAGAGGAGCAGAGGAGGAAGCAGGAGGAGGCGUGGCAGGAAAGGGAGGAGUUUAAGAAGCUGCAGGUAAGGAUUCUGCUUCAUUUUAGCCAGUAUGAGCCUGUAGGGCUUGGUAACUGUGCUGUGUUUGCUGUCGCAGAGAGUAAUACUUACUGUAGGCAGAGUCUUAUGUAACAUACACAUGAACAGACAGAAGUGUAGCUUUCACUGAAGGAGAUGAUUCUUGUCGACAAUAGGGGGUCUGCUAUGUUCAAACCUACCUUUAAGUUUCCAGGUUCCAUCAAAACUCACUAACCUCUUAACUUAACUUUGUGUGUGUGUGCGUGCGUGCGUGCGUGCGUGCGCGCGUGUGUGUGCGCGGAUGUAGAGGCAGUUUGGUGUGGACAGCAGCGGGGGAUACAGCAGACAGAUGGAGAGGACGAUGGAGCGGGCGGUGGCUCGAGGCCUCAUGGACCCUGCAGAGUUCCACAGUAAGAGGGCAGAGAUAAAGGAGUCUCUGGCUUCAGGGAUGGAUGACGGCAGGACCAGGACUUGCGGUGCGUCAGUGUGUUUCUGACACACACACACACACACUGGUGCUUGAUAAAGAUCUGACAGAAGAAUGAAUGAAUGACGGUUUAAUAAACCUAGAGUAACUCAACCCUGCCCUAGUCAGGAACCACAUUGAGCAAAAUAUUUUUGAUAGAGCCACAAUGAAAAAGAAAACACUUUCUUUCUCUCUUUCUUACCCAAAAACAACUUUCAUUUUUUUGUGUCCUUUUUUUAAAAAGUCUCUUUGUUUAUCUGUAAACUUUUCACAUCAGAGAUAAAUGCAUUCAUUUGAAUGUAUUUAACACAUGACAAAUUGCUGUAGUAGCUGCUUCACCAUAGGAUGAAACAUUGCACAUUGCUCUAAUUGCCCUUCAAAACAUAAAAAUGGGCCUUUAAGAUGCUCCUCUACAAUAUCAAAUCAAAAGUGCUAGAUGCUAGAUGAUCUUCUAUUAUGUAAAAUAAAGUUUGUAAAUUGUUAAAAAGUUGCUAUCUUGAUGCUGCUGUAACGACCAGCGUAGGGGAUACUGGAGGUCACAUAAAAAGUUUGACCACUCCGCCGUCACUCUCAAGGUGACACAGCACAAAACGACCGAAACAGGAUUUGCAGUCUAAAACAAUCAGUUUUUAUUGUUCUUUUUAUUUUUAUUAAUUUUUUUAUUUACAAAUAACUCAUGAAAUACCUCAGGGAGAGGAAGCAAAAACAAACAGUUACAAAAAAACCUCUCUUAUAAAUCAAAAUACCUUACCUGACAUCUACGAUAAAAAUAAAACAUAUACAAACCUAAAUUUGACUCGCUACUCAAAAACAGGAAAAAACAAGGGCUAACUCUCCCCUACAUAUACCAACUGCUUUUAACAACACAAGAACCCUCUAAGAUCCUUUAAUAACACCAAUCCAAAAUCACACAAUAUAACUCAACUAAACGAUGGCUCGAAGGAGAGUCGGUGUCCCUGCUCCUGCAGCCGAGUUUAAAAUGCAGCCCAUCAGCUCUCUGCCAAUCAUGCGCCUCCACUCCACAGCAGUCCUCCAAUGCGUGUCUGGUGCGUCUUUACCAUAGACUGUAUAUAGAAUGGACAGCGUCUGCCUCCUUGCUGGGUAAAGCCACUCCGAGAACAGCACCCUCUGUUGAUGGGCUGCAGUAUACGUCAUAAAUCCCGCCUCCGCCAGCAAAGCUUAUGGGGCUGUGGACCAACUUUAUAAAUUUAUUACACAGAACAUAAAUUUUUCUCCUCCCCGCUUGCGAUGUUGACAUGUAGUUAUUGUAAGACUGGUUUGUGCCCAAGUCCUCUUUUUUCUGUGCAGCUCCGUUUUUAAAAGUUAUUAGGGGGUUCAUGUUUUCUAUGAUUGACACCUGAUACAGCCUAUGGGCGUUGAGGGAUUGAGUAGCUCUCCCGGGGGAUACGCUGUUUGAGCCGAGCGUCAUCUGAAAUAUGUGUUAAUUGUCGUGAAGAACAUUUCUUUCACACCCUCACUUUUAAAUACUUCAGUUACAAACUGGUUUACAUCAGUCCCCUAAAUUUGAACAUUGAAGUUGGGGCUGUAUGGACAUAUACCUCAGACAUGCCUGGUGUCAGGAGAGGUUUUGAUGAUGAAGGAAGUUUUCACCAAAGAUACUCCCAGUGUGUGAGUAGUAAAUCAGUGCAGUAGCGGGAUUAGCAGGGGAGGAUAUAGUUGCUCAGAUUUAUUGUGUGACAAAUCAUGCAAGUUCUAAAACCAGCCUAUAUACAGUUAAAAUGAAGGAGAGAUAAAUCAAACAUUUAGAUCCGAAUGGGCUCACAAUUACACAGCGUGUGUCUGUCCUCUGUUUUCAUUCCUCAGUAUCAUGUUCACAUCAUGUUCAUCUCUUAGUCUCUCUAUUUGACUUCAUGUUUCACUCUGAGCCUGUUCUGCUGCAUUCUCCUCAUUUAUUAAAUGUUUGUAAAUCUGCACAGUCAUAAAGGGAGGGGCUGUGUGUGUGUGUAGGUGUGUGUGUGUUCACAUGGUCACAUGGGCUUUAUUCAGCUGCUUAUACAAACUCCUGUCAGCUCAGCUCAUUAUUCAGAAACAGAGGGAUGUGUGUCAGGUUAAUAUACGGGUGUUAAAUCCAUGCUGAAGAAACUAUAACCUGAUAUCUGACCUCUGACUUCACAUAAGCCUGUUACCUUUGACAUAACAAGUUCUUAUCACUCAACAAAGAAUCAGGCCACAUAGUGUUCCCUACAUUCAUUUUUUGCUGUCAUCUUGUUGGAGCUCUUUUUCUACCAUAUUAUCUUUGAGCUUUUUGCAGACGAUGAAGAUGGAGAUUAUGAUUAAGGCUAUAGAAGGUUGUAGUGAAGCCUCUGGAUGGUUAACACAGACCAAGCACUGCACUUCUGAAAAAAUUAAAGAGAACUCUAAAAUCACACAUCUCAGGAUCUGAUAAAUAAAAAUUUGAGUUGAAAAUCUUCAGUGACAUAGUGUGACUCCUCUAGGACAAAUUAAUGAAAGAAUGAGAAAUAUAAAUCAAAACUAAUAACUUAUGGAGGGCUGGAUUCACAGUUGAGAUCACAGACUGAUCCAACUUCAGUACAUUUUCUGUACACAAUUCAUAAUGUGGCUUUGUAGUAUGUAUGAAUAAUUUACAUUUACUGUACCUGCAAUACAUGAAUGUAACUACAGUGAAUCUGAAGAACUAUGUAACUGUGCCUGUUCGCAAUAGAACUAAGAUACGCUGGUCACAGAAAGAAUUCAGAGCCCCGUAAACUGUUCACUCUUUGCUAAUUUUUCAUUUUGCUAAAAUCAUUGAAGUCUUCAACUCAUCAGUGGACACACAGCAGCCCAUUUUGACAGAAAAACACUGAAUUGUAGACAUUAUGUUCAAAAAUGAUAAAGAAGAAAAACUGAAAUAUCAAAUGCUCACAAGUUUUCAGACCCUUUACUCAGUAUUGACCCUUCUGAGCCAAUACAGAAAUGAGUCUUCUUGGGAAUGAUUAAACAAGUUUUUGACAUCUGGAUUGGGGCAUCCUCUGCCAUUCUUCUUCACUUUCCUCAGGUUGAAUGGUGAACGUUGAUUGACAGCAGACCUCCAGGAGGUCUCUCCAGAGAUGCGCCAGUUUAAAAGUAGGGUUGGAAAUUAUGGCAAACUAGCAUGAAUUUGAAUGUAGCAUUUCCUUAGUACUUGGUCUCCCCCCCUCCCCUUGGAGCUCCUCCAAAAACAACGCCCAUGCUCACAUGCACGAGUGCUGCUGUCUGCUGAUUCAGAACCACAGACUCAAAACUUUGGGACUUUAGAUUGGGAAGUCUUUGCACAGCAGGGACAAAGAAGGUAACGUUAGCAUCAAGAAGACAACAUAACUAGCAACAUGGCUAAAUACUUGAUCAAGAUUAAAAAUCGCCCUGAAACAAACCCUCAAUAUACCUUUCCAACAGAAAAUGAGUGACCAUGGCAUCACUUUUAAAGCCCUUGACCUCUUUGAGUUCUCUCCAUCACUAAAAGGCUGUCCCAGUGUUGACUUUAAUUUUUGCCCUUGCUUUCUCCAAACUCUGUCUUGCUUCGGCCUUCUCUGCCUCCGUCUUUGUUUCUUGCUCUUUUUUGCAGGAGGAGCGGUCCCCAUUAAUCUGGGUAUAGGUAUUUUCUCUGCCAUUCUCUAACGUAGCUGUAUCCCUCAGCUCAGCUAUGUGCAUUGAAUUAGGGCCAGUGCAAGCUGGCGACAUUUGCGUGCAAUAUGCGAGCACAGGAUUUGAUUGGUUUAGAAAUGUGGGACCCACACGAUGUGAUUGGUUGGUGUUUUCCAGGUUUUACUCCUGCUGUAGAUAGCGGCUAUGUUUCACUGUUUUUUAAGAACACAUCAUGUAUUGAUUGCCAUUGGAGUAUAAAGAUCAUUUUAACCAGAAUAACAAAAACUGUAUCUAAAUCAGAUUAUCAACCCUACCUUUAAGUCAAGGCUCUGGCUGGGACAUUCAAGAACAGUCACAGAGAUGAUCCUUAGCCACCUUUGUAAUUUUAGCUGUGUGCUUAGGGUCACUGUCUUGUUGGAAGGUGAGGCUACAGCCCACUCUGAGAUCCUGAGCACUCUGAAAAGGUUUUCUUCCAGGAUAUCUCUGUAGUUGGCCGUAUUCAUCUUUCCUUCAAUUGUAACCAGUCGUUCUUUUCCUACAGCUGAAAAACACUCCCCCAGUCCACUACUGCCACAACUAUACCUCACUGUUGGGCUUGUAUUGGACAGGUGAUGAGAGGUGCCUGGUUUUCUCUCCACACACUGCUUUAAAUUAAGGCCGAAAAGUUUAAUCUGGUCUCACCAGGCCAGCGAAUCGUAUUUCUCAUAGUCUAGGAGUCUUUCAAGUGUUUUUUUGUCAAACUCUAUGCAGGCUUUCGCGUGUCUUACACAGAGGAGAGGCCAGCCUCCAAUAGAGGUGUAGAACCAUCUAAAGAAUGAUCAGAAGCAAUGGACAGCACCUGAGUUAAAUAUAUGAGUGUCCAUAUGAGACCGGGUUGGAGUGUCACAGCAAAGGGUCUGCAAACUUGUGACCAUUUGAUAUUUCAGUCUUUGUUCUUUAAGAACUGUGUGUACACUGAUAAGGAAAAAAAAUCAACUUAAAUGAUUUGCGCAAUUGUCUGCAAAUUAACAAAGAGUGAAAAAUGAAAGGAGCUGUGAAUACUGUCUGUACCCAAUGUAGAGGAGGGUUUUAGAAAUGUCUCGUUUCAUAGUAAGAAUCAAUAAUCUGGAUCUGGGGUCAAUCAGCUGUAUUUGUAAAUUUUAUCACAGGUCUUUGCAAAGAGAGGAGAAACAACAACAGAGAGUGUGUUUACAGUCUGAGUUACUGAAUCUCACUGAGGCAGGUCUCAAUGACUAAUACUAAACAUUUGUGAUACACGAUUACCUUAUUAUAUUUCUUAUGUCCUUAUACCACAGAUAGUGAGGGGUAAUUUCUAUAUAAUUUAUAAUAUAUUCUAAAUCGUAGAUAUUGGUUAUCUUUUAUCAAGGAUUAUAAGUGGCCUAAGGUUGUGUAACCCAGGCUGCUUUGCAGAGACCAAAACUAUCUGUCAAAACACUUAAGGCUAAUUUCCAGGAAAUCUAAGAAUAAUCCGAACAACGGAGGAAUUUCAGAGCGCAGAGACAUGUCCUUGGACGACCUCCCGGUGAUUAGAUAUAUGUCAUGCACGCACACACACACACACACACACACACACACACACACACACACACACACACACACACACACACACACACACACACACACACACGCAAUACAUGUAUGAGGGGUGCACUUGUGUUGUGCACAAGUAACAUAAUCAUUGUAUUUGGAUACACACCCAGCAGCAUAACAGUGUGUGAGAGAGAGAAGCCUGGGGCUCCUCUCCUUUGGUUUGGUCAAGACUCUGUUUGUUCUCUGUACUGAUUUCUACAAUCAAGAGGCCCAGGCUGCUCUUCAGAUCUUAUCCUGUCUCCUAUGCAUUGUUUUGCUGUAUACCAUCAGUGUUUUCCACAACAAUAGACAGACGCGUUGUUUUGGCAGAAAUGAUAGUUCCCAGUGCAGUUAUAGACUAAAGCUGGUUUUAUGAGCUGACACAACUGUCAGGUAGUUACAAGGUAAUGCUUGACUUCUUAACGCUGUAAUUAUUUCUCAGCAGCUCCUAAUCAUGAUCUCAUAAACAUGUAAAAUAUUCCAAUAAAAAGCACUACCACAGAGACGUACGGUGCCUAAUGGAACAAAGGGAGAAUAUUUCAUUCUUGAACAGUAAUUACCCGUGAUAACCUGUUUGAUGAUUUUCAGAACAUGCACACAGGUGUGAGUCUGAUGUUGGCCUUCUCUUUCAACUUGUUUCCAGGUGUGAUCAGAGCAUUGUAUGAGUACUAUCAGACAGACUGCAGAGACUGCAUCCAUGUGUGGCUGAGCGCUGAAACAGAUCACUUCUGCUCCUCGACGGGGGAUAAAGGCUGGGGCUGCGGCUACAGAAACUUCCAGAUGAUCCUGUCCUCUCUGCACAGAAUUGACACGUACGCCCCUGUCCUGCAGGGUGAGCACACACCUGAUAUGACUGCUGCACCUUUUACCAACACUCUCUGUGUUUGAUUAACCUGAAGGCUCUUUUAGAAAUCAUGUAGUGUAUUGAAGAGGUGAAUGUAGCAUCCACAUCAUCACUGGUCAGUUUGUAGGCCUCUGUCGUUUAAGCAUUGAGCUCCUCCAUAUCUGCUUGUUUCAAAAUACGGGGGUCAGUUAGGGGGUGAAACUCAACUUGAUUUGUUCCUUAUUGUUGACCCCCUCCUCCAUCAAAACACCCGCCAGUCUCUUGCUAACACAAAGUCAAACUUUAAUAGAGUGAACUCAGGGUUAGAGAUGGGCGAUAUGGGGUAAAAAAUCACAAUAAGAUUUGCCAUUCUGGUAGUAACGAUAAAAGUCCCAAUAAAAAAAAUUAUAAUUCCAAUCUAUAUUUUUGACUCAUUUUGUCUUGAGAACACCAGUUGUAGUAGUCAAAUAAGAUACUUAACCACAAGUUUAAGUGGUAGGGUAUGGAGAAAACUAAUGACAUCAUACAAGUCUAAAAAAUGAAAACAUUUUCAACAUUUGUUGUGAACUCUUAUUGCACAGAGUGAACAGCAGCAGAUCGACUGUCCAAUAUCAGGCAUACCUGAUUGCACUCAUUGAAACCUCAAUCUUAAAGGAAAUCCCUCAUGUGGAGCCUUGUUCAGUAACAAGCUGCUCAGAAACGUCUUCUUCAUUACCUUCGGCCAUGUUUGUUUGUUAUUUUGCUCUGUGUGCGCUAUGGAGUCCGUCGCUCACUCUUGCGUCAUCAACUUGCAUUUGUUGUAUUUAUCAUGAGAUGGCAAAUAUUUAUUAUGUAAGAUUUUUCUGACGAUAUAUCAUGUAUGAUAAUUUAAUUUCAUUCCAUCGCUACUCAGGGGAAACUGGGUAAUUUCAAAUGCUGGUCACUUUAACCAUAAACUCUACCACAGUGACAGUCAAUCUGUUUUUGUAUUUUUUUCACAAAUGUGAGUGGGCCUGUGUGUUUGCAAACACUUCUCCCCUUUGAACCCAUAAUUAAUAGAUAUUAAAUUACAAACAGAUAUUAAAACACACAGAAAUCUGCCUCUGGAUCAGCAGCUUCGAUGAACCUUGAAACGAUGAUGAGGUUGUCAUCAAUGUCUCUCCUGUGCUCUGGCAUGUCACUUGGCUGUUUACCAAUGAAUGUUUAAGGUCUGUGUCUUGUUUAUUCGUGGGUGUGAUAAAGGGAAGGGUGGGGAUUACCAGUGGACUGACAGUAUUUGUGACUCCACAGAAACACCAGUCCAAAGGUGCUUAUUAUGAGCAGGCUUGGCACUGAGAAUUCAGUGGGUUUGCCUGUGUGGUCAGCUCUGGAGAGAAAGUUGUCCCAAAGGAGACUCUAGCAGGCAGUUCUGACCACCACCACAAAGGUGUGGAGGUAUUCUUUGAAAGAUGACUCACUUUCAAUGUGGGUGGUGAACACGUUGUGCCGGAGGCAUUGUUCUUCUCUUUCCAUUAAAGCAAACAGACAUGCCCUGUAAACCUGAAUUUGGACAGGUGUCUGGAGCAUUGGCAGUCUGACAUGAUGUCCUGUCCCCUCUUAGAGAUAUAGGUAAUUAUAUUUUAAUGUCUCAGUACAGAAAGUGCUAAAUUAGCUUAACAGUUGAAAAAUUGUAUAAAUCGCAAUAUAUUGUAAUCAAGUUGACCAAUCAGAAUUUUGGUCGACUCAGCAGAUAUUGACCAAUAAGUCGACCAGUAGACAAGGACUUUACAGCCCCACAAUACUCACUGUAUUGCAAAAUGUUAAAAAUAGCAAUAAUAUUGAAUCGUGGCCCAAUUAUUAUGAUAAUAUCAUAACAUGGAGCUACUGGUGAUUCCCACCCCUACUACAUGAGGCACUAACUGUCAACAAACUCUGACACUAUACUGUUAGGUAAAAAAAAAAAGUAUAAAAGUUUCGAUUAUUUUUUCAACACUAAUCCAUUUCAAUAUGUUGUCAGGCUCUCAAUUUAACAAACUAAGCUUGCCAGGGACAAAAACUUCUAGAGGACAAACUUGGAUGUAUCAGGGAUUAUGUUGCAUGUAUUACAAACCGUUUACCUUCUGCAGGAGGAAGAAAUCUGCCUCACACACUGGGGGGGUGUUUGUAGUUCUUUUGACCUCGAACAGAAACCCAGCCCAAAUCAAAACAAAUACAAGUCCCUUCUCUGUACUUUCCUUCAGGUGAUUGGUUUAUGAUUGAAGCCUGAUGAACACACAGAUCUGUCCUAACAUUCCUGCUCCACCUUCAUACUUUGAAGUGUAUGUGUCAGUCAACUCUCUCUCACUCCAGCUACACUGGAGAUCUCUGACUGUGGUUGUAUUUGUGCACACAGAAAGCCCAGCGUCUGUGUGUGGUAGGUGUGUACUCAGCGUAAAUAAAGACACUUGGACUUGACUGUGGGGUGUGUCUGAUGACAGUGCUGCUCACACUGAGCACAUCAUGUCUUGUGCUUGUUCUCAGUUCUGGUCUGGUGACACUGUUGUUGUUCCAGCGAUCACUAUCACUCUGUGUUCCUCAGCUCUGUACACAGGAACAACAUGCAGCAAGAUUUACCAUCCUGAUGACUGCAAAGCUUACCGCUGCCCGCACUCACUGCAGCUACAUGAGACAUAAUGUUCUUAUCUGUACCAACAUGCAUACAGAGUCAAGAGAUGAUAGAGAGCAACAAAAGGCAGGACAUAUGUGCCAUGAUUUCAUGCUGUAAAAGGGUGUCAGAAAGUGAGGGGCUGACAGUGAAUGAAACUGUGUGAGUGGUUCAGUGUGUCUUUCAGUGGUCUGUUCUUGUUAUUCCCCCCUGCAGAGAGGACAGUCCCCAGCAUCCCACAAGUACAGAGGAUGAUUGAGGAGGCGUGGAGGGAGGGGAUGGACGCUCAAGGUGCUUUACACUUCGACCACCGUCUGCAAGGGACCCGAGCGUGGAUCGGAGCCACAGAGAUCUACAGCCUGCUCACAUCUCUGAGCAUCAGGUGAGAAUAAAAGCUGCUCUGACUGCACAGCGCAUCCUCAGGCUGCAGCGUGCAACACAAACAGACCCGCUACUGUAGUGACUGACAGCAGUGAGCAAACCAAAGGGCAGAACCUUUUCAAGCUGCUGUCUUUGAAGGCGAACAAAGGAGUGGAAUGUGUUUCCUUCCUCUGAAGAUGUUCACAAAGCUUGUUCUAUUAACAGCUGGAAUUACAAAUUACAGAAAUUACAAACCUGUCCAGCUGACAGUCUGAUUCUGCUUCUCUGCCUUCUUCCAGCACAUUCCUCCAUCUCCGACUGCUUUAUUGAUAAUGACUGUUCUUGUAAACCCAGAAUCUUUUUCUUACAAAUACACUUAAGGAGUGCUAAAGUUUUUGUUUUUUUUAUCAGCUCUAGACUUCUGAAUGCUUCUAAUAAUUUACAGCAGUAAAAAGUUCCCAUUAUCUGGAAGUGUUCUUCACAGCUGAGGCCAAAGAGACUCAUUCCUACAGCACAGUGAAAGUGAAAGGUGGAGAGACAUGGGAACAGAACUGCUCAAAGUGCUGCUGACCGUAAGGUCUCAGUGCGCUACAUAGACACAGGAGUCGAUUUCCACCUUGAGCUGCUCCCUGUUUACUGUCUGUACUCUUCAAUAAAGGCCUAAAGCCCCAAAAUAAGUCUUUGUGACAACCCAGAGCUGGUUUAAAGUGCUCACAUAAACAUGUCAGGCAAGUAGGUGGUAAUAUUGCACUUCAUAAAAAAACACUAUUGCCAAAAUUGAAAUCAACACAGUUCACAAAGUUUCUGACAGACAAAGAGUAGCCACACGUAGCUAACAUACACAGUGGAACAGAGGUAAUUACAGUGCUAAUGUCAGUAACAAAUGUCCAUGAUACAUUAAAAGGUAGAAGCCCAAAGCUCCUUGUUCCAGUCUACCAAAGUCCUGUUCAUCAAGCAGAACACCUACAGCCAGAUGUAUCUUCCUUCAAGUUUUUCAACAUCCCAGUGCAGCCGGUUCAUUUAGCUUCAACUCUUACUGUGGUUAAUUGGAAGAAAAUGAAAAUGAACUACAUCACUGCACUGGGGUCAUUAUUUCAGCCUCCCCCAAAACUGUCACUGUCCACAUGAACACAGAGAAUAAAGGUUUUGAAACCAGCAGUAACACUUAGAAUUGAGUGCCGAGUGAAAGCCGAACCAGAGGGACAGACACACCAAGGGAUGCAUGUUUUUUAAUCUAUGCUUUCAGACAUCCGUGAAAUCAAACUCCAAAUACUGAACAGUUGGAGGCACAGUUUUAUUUUAGAUGUAUGUUGCACAAGAGAAAACUCUGAAGAUUUCUACAUCAUGCUGUUAUAGAAACAAAGCUCAACAGAUGACAUAUAGCAGGGAAAGUUCAGAGGACAGAGCAAACACAGCGCAGCUACCAUCUGACAUGGUGGCCUAACUAACAAAUCGAGUUUUUCCUCUUUAAAUUCCAUUAAUGUAGGGAUCUGUUUGUUUUCUGCAUUGCAUACAUCUAAAAUACGAAGAUGUUGUUUCAGUCAGGUCAACUUGUCCUCUUAUGUGGAGUUUCAUAAUCAAGCUUCAGUCAUAAGUGGUUAAGAAGGGUCAUGCAGCGUCACAGAGAGGAACCCCCUCAGAGAGAGAGAGAGAGAGAGCUUUCAUAGGAGGAGGAUUUCUUAACCACAAUCUCUCUCCACACACACACACACACACACACACACACACACACACACACACACACACACACACACACACACACAGGGAUUUAACCCCAUGGGAAACAGGAGUCUCUGCUCUGCGAGUUACUUCUUCGUUUUUGGAAAAGCAAAAGUCAGACUCGGAUAAAACAAACAGUUCCUAAAACUUUUUAAACCUUUUGUAAUCUCUCCUUUUUAAAAGGACUUUUUUUCCAGUGAUUUAAACUUUCAGAUCUGAAAGGUCCAGAUUCAAAGAUUUUUUUUUUUUUUUUAAUUUAAACCAUAGACUGUAUAUACCAUGGACAACUUGGUUCCGACUACCGCCUGUACACGGAUUUGAAGCCAAAAAGCUCUCUGUAUUUCCGGGAUUUUUCUUCAUUUCCUGAAACCAGCGCUGUGCAGUAGUGAUGCGCGCAUUCGGCCGUGCAGUCGCCGAGAGUCCCUGUGAUGACGCUCGGCUCAAACAGCGUAUCCCCUGGGAGAGCUACGCAAUCCCUGAAUGCCAAUAGGCUGUAUCACGUGUCAAUCAUAGAAAACAUGAACCCCUAAUAACUUUUAAAAACGGAGCUUCACAGAAAAAAAAGGAGUUGAGCACAAACCAGUCUUACUGUAACUACAUGUCAACAUCACAAGCAGGGGGGAGAAAAAAUAAUAUUCUGUGUAAUAAAUUUCUAAAGUUUGUCCACAGCCCCAUAAGCUUUGCUGGCGGAGGCGGGAUUUAUGACCUAUACUGCAGACUCUGUCCAUUCUAUAUACAGUCUAUGAUUUAAACACAAAGUUAUGGUUUCACUUCUGUUACACUGUAUAAAUCUGCUGUGUUUGUGUUUACAGUGCUCAUAUUGUGGACUUCCACAAGCCCACUGGCCCCGGUGACACUCACCCUCGCCUGUUUGAGUGGGUGAAGCAGUACUUCAGUCAGUCAAGCAGCAACAAACUGCCCCCUCGCCUGGUCCAGACCUCCCUGCCUCCCCUUUACCUGCAGCACCAAGGUGAGGAACAACACCUGAAAUUGACCUUUUUCAGUCUGCGCAUAUUUCCAGCACUGGUGAAUCAAAUCUGCUGCCUGGAAAUGUCUGUAAAGUUUUUGAUUCACAGAGAUAUGCUGUAAGGAGGACAGGCAAAGAGAAUGAAUAGAGAAUGGAUAGAUGAUAGCCUUGUGAUCCAGAAUUUUUAUGGUCCUGGUUCAGGUCAUAGCCGCUCCAUCAUUGGUUUGGAGCAGAAGAAGAAUGGGUCUCUUUGCCUGUUGCUGCUGGACCCAGCCUCUACCGUGUCAGAAGCCAGGAAGUUGCUGAGCAGAGACUCGGUAGGCUCUGCCCUCAGAUGCGUCAGGAAGUUCAGCAGUGGUCUGAAGCACACUCAGUAUCAGGUGGUGGCGCUGCAGGGCGUUCUUUCAGCAGAGGAAAAACAGGUGAGUGAGGCUAAACUAUGACCUUCUCCAAGACAAAGCGAGUUUAUUUCUACGAAACAUUUCAGGAACAAAGCAAAAGGAAAGAAGCACUGAAAAAUUCGAAGGUCACUGAAAGGCUUUGCAGCAAAGUAGAUGAAUUAAACCUUCAGGAAUUUUUUCUCUCAGCUUUAUCAAAAAUAGGUAGUCCUAUUUGAGCAAGCAAUGCCUUUUUGAAAUGAUCCAUUCAGGCUUUGAAAAGGUUACUGAAUAUUUCUCUUUUGUUGGAUGGAAUGACUUUAAUCUGUCUCUGGACCACAAUUUAUUUUAUUUUAUUUAUUUUACUCGCAGUCCUCUGCCUUUGUAUUUGGUACCCACCCCACCCCCCACAUUGACCAUCUCUCGCUCUUUGUCUCAGACCCUCUCUGCCUUUUGCUCUGUCUCAGCUCAGUCAAUUUGGUCAGAUUUCUAGAUAUAAUUGAAACUUAAACAAAAGUGAGUUGUUUCCCGUCAAUAAUGAAGUACAAAAAUUAAUCCCUUUAAAAAUAAAAAACAAUAUUUUCUCCUACCUGAGCAUCUCAGUAAGUUGAAAGUACAAAGAGCCAUUAUUUAGAGUGAGGAUUAUAACCCUCUUGAGCCAGACUGCACAGACAUCAAUUCAGUGGUCACCUCUGUCCAUGCCCCUGUUGGGAAGUGUCAGCUUAGUCAAUAUGAUCCUCCAUCCAAAACAUUUGUACUGGUGGUUUACCUUCUCACUCAAGUUUGUGUGUGUGUUUGUUUGCACAGACUGAAAGAAUGUGAAACAGGUUUAACUGUGUGUAUCUGAACGCGCUCUAUAUGUGUUUUCAGAUCAGCAUCUUAAAUUCCAGGACACUGUGUGCAGAAAGGAUCCCAUGAAGAAGAAGGAACCUCUUCCUCCUCAUCUCUUCUCUUUGUGUGACUGUGAACAAGCAUUUUAAUAUUUAAUGUGUUUAAUGUAAUUUUGUAAGUUGUUUUCUUAAAUAAACAUGGUUUUCUUCA